AUUUGUUAUUUGUCCUUUUAAACCGAUAGAUGUCAAAUCAUAAUCCUUGACUUCCUCUUCACUUUGAUGGCUUUGUACCCUGCAUUGUAAUGGCUAGAAACCCUUUGUCCUGUCACAGCAAUUGUUUUGCAAGAUCAAUACUGGUAAAGUGAGAUGUACAUUCACGUUUCAUAAUUUUCUUAGGCAGAGCUUGUACAGCAUUUGACAGCAGCACUUUCUCUCAUUCUUAAGAAUUAUGUACUUACAAUGGGCAUAAAUUGAGCAGGCACUGACACUGAUGGAAGAAUUUCGGAUCAAACCAGAUGUUAUAAUGUUCAGCACAAUCAUGAAUGCGUGGAGCUCUGCUGGGCUUAUGGACAGAUGCCAGGAAUUUUUUGAUGACAUGGUGAAGGCCGGGUUAGAACCUGAUAUCCAUGUAUUUAGCAUUCUUGCAAAAGGCUAUGUGCGUGUUGGAGAACCAAUCGAGGCUGAGUCACUCCUGGAUUCAAUGGGCAAAUUUGGUAUACGUCCAAAUGUUGUGAUCUUCACCACCAUCAUCCGUGGAUGGUGUAUUGCGGGGAAAAUGGAGCAUGCGAUUAGAGUGUAAGAGAAAAUGUGUGAACUUGGCAUUUCACCAAAUCUAAUUACUUUUGAGACCUUGGUAUGGGGAUAUGGGGAAGCAAAACAGCCUUGGAAAGCCGAAGAACUGAUGCAGAUUAUGGAAGAGAAGGGUAUCUACUCCAGGAGGAAAAUUACCCAACUUGUUGCUGAUGCAUGGCUUGCCAUCGAUUCAACUACUGAAGCAGAGAGAACCUUAAAAAAUACAUAUGAGGAAAUGACAUCAAAUAAGUGGGAUGAUAAUGAGAUACCUCAGCAGAGGUUUGAUAAGAUUUACAAGAAACAAUAUCCUAGAGGUAAUCAUUUGCAGAUACCUGGAGUAGCUAAGACUGACCAAAAAGGGUCAUCUAGAACUAAAAUAAGAAGCCAAAUGGUAGACGAAAAGUCCUGGUCUUCCCCAAAAACUAAUGUGCUUCGGACACAACAGCAGAUUAAAUGCAGGAAGCAGUUAGAAAAUCCAAAAAUGAUAUAUGGGGGUCUGUAAAUUUGAGCAGAGUGGUCUUCAUAAACUGAUACAUAUUACAGAAACAUAACAGGAGGUGAUCAUAUUGCUGCGAAUUUAAAGGUCACUCUGGCUUUCUGAAGUACUGAUGAUCAAUUCUUAACAAAGCUGUUGAUAUUGAGCCUGUACAUAUGUCUAAUUACAAUAUUAAUGUACAUAGUGUUGAUAAUCAGGGCAAGAGGAGAAUGCUGUCAAUUUGUUCAUGAAAGUAAAGCAGUACUUUUAUUUAAUAAAAGGGUCCGUCUUUC